UUGUCCGGCUGCUAACAAAUAACUACUCCGUACAUAGUGAGAUAUCUGUUUUUAAAGUGUUAAUAAUAACAUUUGAUACAACAUACUGUUAUAUAUAAGCGUUUUAAAUUGUGUCAGCAAAUUUUGUUUUGUCAUGGCCAUGAGGCUGUUUAAUGUUCUUCCGGGUGAAGUUGGCACAACAUUGACUGUGGCGUCGACACAUGUUGGCAGAACGAGUAUAACCUAUCAAUAAACGCUUUCAAACCCCUACCAGGGACUUGUGAAUGCUCCAACUCCUGAAUAUAUACCCAUAGCUCCCUAUUUUACACAAUGAGAGACACACCGUUAUCUAACUGUGAGCGGGAUUUCCUGCUCAAAGCUAUUGAGGAGAAAAAGCGUUUGGAUGGAAGGCAGACGUACGACUACAGAAAAAUCAAGAUAACAUUUGGAACUGACUAUGGGUGCUGCUUUGUGGACUUGGGGAAGACGAGAGUCAUGGCCCAGGUGUCGUGUGAACUCGUGACCCCGAAGGAGAGCAGGCCAAACGAGGGCAUCAUGUUCUUUAACUUAGAACUGUCCCCGAUGGCCUCGCCAGCGUUUGAACUGGGCAGGUCAUCUGAGCUCUUAGUGAAGCUGAACAGACAGUUGGAGAGAUGCCUUAGGAACUCCAGAUGCAUCGACACUGAGUCCCUUUGUGUGGUGUCUGGAGAAAAGGUUUGGCAGAUCAGAGUGGACGUUCACAUGCUGAACCACGACGGCAACCUGAUGGAUGCCACCAGUAUAGCCGCCAUCGCUGCCCUCUCCCACUUCAAACGGCCUGAUGUUGGCAUCCAGGGGGACGUAGUGACAGUGUAUAGUGCCCAAGAGAGGGAUCCGAUCGCGCUCAGCAUUUACCACAUGCCCAUCUGCGUCAGCUUCUCAUUCUUCCAGCAGGGGACCUACCUGCUGGUUGACCCGUGCGAGCGCGAGGAGCGGGUUAUGGACGGCCUGCUGAUGAUCGCCAUGAACAAACACCGAGAGAUCUGCUCCAUCCAGUCCAGUGGCGGCAUCAUGCUGCUCAAGGAACAGGUUCUGCGAUGCAGCAAGAUCGCCAGCGUCAAAGUGUCAGAGAUCACAGACCUGAUCGCGAAGGCCUUGGAGAACGACAAGAAAGCCAGGAAGGAGGGUCGUAAAUGUGGCUUUGCGGAGUCUAUGCCCCAGGAGCGAAUCACGGCUCUGAAAAACUUAGAGACCACGGUGGAAAUGACAGACCUCACCAAACAGGCCAGCGACAUUGUGGAGGGUGUAGAGACACCGGCAGAGAUGGCGCUUUCCCCUGUCGUGCCCGCCCCAGGCGUUGGCCAGGUCGGUGCAGGCCUUCAGAAUGCUUGGGGGCUUGAAGAUGAGGAAGAUGAGGAAGAGGAGGUAGACGGGGACGAACCAGAAGUGACCAUUGUGGCAGAGAAGAGAGGCAACAAGAAAAAAGGAGAAAGACCUGUGGUGAUCAUAUCGGACAGUGAGGAGGAGGAAGUGGUUAUUCUGAAUCCAGAGUCGUCUUAAGUCACAGCUGCCGAGUGAGGCACCCAGUAACAAUCCUACUCACAGUGUGAGUCACUUAUCACCGUCAAAUAUCCAGUUCAUUAUCUUUUUUUCACAACUUUGUUGCUAAUAAAAACAUCUGAAUGAA